UCGGCGAUGAAACGGAGGAAAUCUCCAAGAUAAUCGAACUGCUCAUGAGGAGUGCGGUCGGUGCCGCAGACGCACGAAUCAGGAGCCGCUGGGAAGAGCGGGGCUUCGGAGUCCGCGGCUGUUUGAUGACAGCCUGACUUGGCGUUUUCUCCCCGGUGACAGACGGUCUCGGCGCAUCUUCCCAGAUAGGCGUCCCCUCCCCACCGCAAGGACUCCCCCUCGUCGUUUUCCCUGCCAUGGCCCUGGUGACUCUGCAGCGCUCCCCCACCCCCAGUGCAGCAUCCUCGGCCAGCACAGCCACCACUAAUGCGGGGGAGGAUUUUGGAAGUGAAGAUGACCGAAAAAAUAAUCAGAGCCUUAGUGAGAGCUUCUUCAUGGUCAAAGGAGCUGCCCUCUUCCUACAGCAGGGCAACAGCACACAGGGACCAAAGACCCCGACCCACCACAAGCAUGCAGGCGACCUACCUCAACACCUGCAGGUCAUGAUCAAGAUCCUGCGGUCUGAGGAUCGCAUAAAACUGGCUGUCAGGCUAGAGAGUGGGUGGUCAGACCGAGUGCGCUAUAUGGUUGUAGUCUACACCAAUGGUCGCCAGGAUACAGAGGAAAACAUCCUGCUGGGAAUGGACUUCACAGAUAAGGAUAGUAAAAGUUGCUCUAUUGGGAUGGUGCUGCCGCUGUGGAGUGACACAAAUAUACAUUUGGAUGGAGAUGGCGGGUUUAGUGUAAACACAGCAGGGCGGUCACAUGUCUUCAAGCCUGUAUCUGUGCAGGCCAUGUGGUCUGCCCUGCAGAUCCUCCAUAAGGCCUGUGAGGUGUCACGCAGGUACAACUACUUCCCGGGAGGCAUUGCUCUCACAUGGAUGGGCUUCUACGAGAGCUGCAUCACCUCAGAGCAAAGCUGCAUCAACGAGUGGAAUGCUAUGACGGACCUCGAGACCACCCGGCCUGACUCUCCAGCAAUGUUUGUGGACCAGCCAACAGAGCGAGAGAGAACCGAGUGUCUCAUCAAAGCCAAACUACGCAGCAUCAUGAUGUUUCAAGAUCUGGAGAACGUCACCUCUAAAGAGAUCCGUAAUGAGCUAGAGCAACAUAUGAGCUGUAACCUAAAAGAGUAUAAGGAGUUCAUAGACAAUGAGAUGCUGCUGAUUCUGGGUCAGAUGGACAAGGCCACACUUAUCUUUGACCACGUAUACUUGGGCUCUGAGUGGAAUGCCUCAAACCUUGAAGAACUACAGGACUGUGGAGUGGGUUACAUCUUAAAUGUAACCAGAGAGAUUGACAACUUCUUUCCGGGAACCUUCUCCUACCACAACAUCCGAGUGUAUGAUGAGGACACCACUGACCUGCUGGCCCACUGGAAUGACUCCUACAACUUCAUCGUCAAAGCCAAGAAGAACCAUUCCAAAUGCCUGGUCCACUGUAAGAUGGGGGUUAGCCGGUCUGCCUCUACUGUUAUUGCCUAUGCAAUGAAGGAGUAUGGCUGGUCUCUGGAGAAAGCCUACAACUUUGUCAAGCAGAAACGGAGUAUAGCUCAGCCAAAUGCUGGUUUCAUGAGACAGCUGGCAGAGUACGAGGGCAUCCUGGAUGCAAGUAAACAGCGCCACAACAAGCUGUGGAGGCCAGAGGCAGAUGAGGAGGCCUCUGACGAUUUGCAAGCGUCAGGCCACUGUCCUGGUCUGGACGUCCCUGGGGAAGAGACACCAGAGCUCAGAGCCUCCUCCCAAGAGGAGGAAGAAGCCUGGGGUGGCUGUGGGGCUUCUCCCUGCAGGGGUAUGGGUCUAGAGGUGGAACCCCUCGACCCUCUCAACUACAACUACUACUUCAGACGUUUGUCAGACUCUGCACUGGACAGUGAGCCCUCCACCCCAGUGCGGGGUCCACCACUGCUCGGUAUGGAAAGGGUUUUUAUUGAGAUCGAGGAUGUGGAGCGGGACGCCCUACUUGAGGAUGAGGGUUUUCCCAUGGCACAUUUGGUCCUGCCUGGGGAGGGGACAGCCGCCCAGACCUGUGGGCGUCUUGACCCCUUGGAGGACAUGAGACUGAGGCUUGAGUUUAGUACUUUAGAAGAAGAGGAUGAGGAGGAGGCCAAGAAAGAGGAAGCUGAGAUGGCAGCCCUGGCUCAAACACCUGGAGGUUCAGAUGGAAGGAAGGUGGGAGAGGAUGUAGAGAGGAAGGAGGAAAGCCAGCUAGGCUUAGCCAACCUGAACACCAACAACAGCAACCGCCUGGCUGCCAAGCGCAGCUGCCCGGCAGCCUUCGACGACAGUGCUAGCACAGGAAACCCUUUCAAAGUGAAGCCCUCCUAUCAGUCCUGCAAAGACUGCAUGCGUCUACCGCAAGGGCGGCGGUGUGACCGCCCAGCAGGAGGCCGUGCCCACCGCCUUAAUCCUGCCCGCCACUGCACAGUCCCUUUCAUAUCCAUAGACCCACCUGGGACCCAUUUUGUUUCCACCCCGAUUCUGUCAUCUGUGCCUGCCCCUGCUGUUGUCCCACCCAGCUUGGUCCAGCCCUGCACUCAUCUCUGUCACUGUGCCACUUGUGCCCCAGGCGUCCCUCUAGCCCGCCUGGAGGCCUACCGCCAGAAACUGAUGUCACCCAUGAGCUGUGAAGAGUUACCUCGUGAGCGCUGCUCACUGGAGACAGAGGACAUGGAUGAGCCACAGGUGGAGGAAGUGGAAGAACAGGUACCAAGUGAGAACAGCACAGGGGCCAUCACAGACCUUACUCUACUGAAACUGGGCCUGGAGGGAGAAAGACCUUCACUGGCCUCUGCUGAAGGUGUAAAACUGCAGCAUAGUGCAGAGAUGGAGUCCCCUGGUGGUGAGGUGCAGCUCCAGAUGCCAGCACUGGGCCUUGAAUUUAGUCUGGAAUUAGUACGACAGAGGGCAGAGGAGCUAGAGAAGCUGUCAGGCUUGGCCAUGGAGGGCCAGCUCUGAGUGGGACCCCUGCCUUAAUAAAGAGGCCUGAGCAUAGUUGGGAUGGGUGUUGGGUUGGAGGAGGAGGCCACUGCCUCCAGCAGCUACACCAUGACAGCUGUGUACCUGUAGAUGACUGCUAACACAGUGUUGUACUCUGCUCUGAGCAGAAACAACGCUCUGCUCUGACCUGCGCCCUCAAGUCUCGGCCGCACAGCUCUACUGUCACCAGCAGCCAAGGCCCUCUCUCUGCAGAGGCUGUCCAGUCAUUAUCUGCUAGCACACCCAGGAGACUGAGACGCAGACAGGGCUGGCUUUCCUAAUCACAUGCUCCAGGCUUCAGCAUUCCAUGGCCAAGUUGGAAGACCUUUUAUUUUCCACUGAGGAUGUUUCUGUGUCCUCAACUUGUCUGUCGG